GUGCCUACCGCAGCGGAGAAAGAGCGUAGCCUGACCUCUGCGAGACUGCCUGUGUAGACUAAAGGCAGAUCCAAAAUGUGGUUGUUCUUAACAGUGACAAGUUUCAUAUCUGCACUUGGAACUACGCAUGGUUUCUUGGGAAAAGUAGCUGACAGCCCUGAAGUAUAUAUGAAUAUUAGCCAAAUGAUUUCCUACUGGGGAUACCCAUGUGAAGAGUACGAUGUGGUGACUGAAGAUGGUUAUAUCCUCGGAGUCUACAGAAUUCCUUAUGGGAAGAAAAAUUCAGAGAACAGAGGCCAUAGGCCUGUGGCCUUUUUGCAGCAUGGUUUACUUGCAUCAGCCACAAACUGGAUUGCAAACCUUCCCAACAACAGCCUGGCCUUCAUCCUGGCAGAUGCUGGUUAUGAUGUGUGGCUGGGAAAUAGCAGGGGCAACACCUGGUCUAGGAGAAAUUUGUACUUCUCACCAGACUCAGUUGAAUUCUGGGCUUUCAGCUUUGAUGAAAUGGCUAAAUAUGAUCUUCCAGCCACAAUUGACUUCAUUGUAGAGAAAACUGGACAGGAGAAGAUUUAUUAUGUUGGUCAUUCUCAGGGUACCACCAUUGGUUUUAUUGCCUUCUCUACCAAUCCCAAGUUGGCUAAAAGAAUCAAAACCUUUUAUGCAUUAGCUCCAGUGGCCACUGUAAAGUAUACUGAAAGUCUUUUGAAAAAGCUUUCCUAUAUUCCUACAUUUCUCUUCAAGACUAUAUUUGGUGAUAAAAUAUUUAUGCCACACAACUUCUUUGAUCAAUUUCUUGCUACUGAGGUGUGCUCCCGUGAAAUGAUGGAUCUUCUCUGCAGUAAUGCCUUAUUUAUCAUAUGUGGAUUUGACAGUAAAAACUUCAACACGAGUCGCUUGGAUGUGUAUAUAUCACAUAAUCCAGCAGGAACUUCUGUUCAAGACAUCCUCCACUGGGCCCAGGCUGGUAGGUCUGGAAAAUUUCAAGCUUUUAACUGGGGAAGCCCAUAUCUGAACAUGUUACACUUUAAUCAGAUCACUCCUCCCUUCUACAACGUGACAGCCAUGAGCGUGCCCAUUGCAGUGUGGAAUGGUGGCCAUGACUUGUUGGCUGAUCCCCGGGAUGUUGAUGAUUUGCUUCCAAAACUCUCCAAUCUCAUUUACCACAAGGAGAUUCCUCCUUACAAUCACUUGGACUUUAUCUGGGCAAUGAAUGCCCCUCAAGAAGUUUAUAAUGAAAUUGUUUUUAUGAUGACAGAAGAUAAAAAUAAGCUCUAG